AAAAAGAAAAAGACACAAACUUUUUUUUUCUUGAAGCAAAAAGACACAAACUUUAACAACAAGGAGGUUUCAUUUCAACCUUUGCUUUCUCACUACAUAGUUUAGUUUAGUGUGAGACUAGAGAGAGUGAGAGAGUGAAGCUGCCAUUGGAAGGAGCUUCAAGGAGUUGGAUUUCUCUACUGAGCAAUUCUGGAUCAGGUCAGUGAAGGUUGGUACCAUUUCUACUCUGCUCAGCUCGCCGUGGUGGACUGGAUUGAGAUUGAUCAUCUCUUCUCUCGGUUAGUUGAAAUUUUGUCUGUCUCGGGAGAUCUCACUGCAGUUCUUAUGUAUAGGUUGAUAUCGUCAUUGGAGAACUUUAGUGUUAAAGGGACCGAAAGUUAAGGUGUUGGAUCGAUUUUUUACUUCACCAGAUCGGAUGAUGCUUGAAAGAUGGCUUCUCAGCCUGUUUUUCCUCUUAGUCGGCAUCACCAAUGUACUAGGUGCAUUUGUCGGGGUAAACAUUGGCACCGAUGUUUCUAAUCUUCCAUCAGAUACAGAUAUUGUUGCAAUUCUAAAAGCACAUCAGUUUACACAUGUACGCCUUUAUAAUGCCGAUGCUCAAUUGUUGAAGGCUCUAUCAGGCAGUGGAAUAGAAGUAAUGGUCGGUGUCACGAAUGAGGAAGUUCUCGGGAUUGGAGAAUCAGCUGCAACAGCUGCAGCAUGGGUUAAUAAAAACGUCGCAGCUUAUAUGCCUUCAACUAAUAUAACCGCCAUUGGUGUUGGCAGCGAAGUUCUUACCGUGGUUCCAAAUGCUGCUUCGGUUUUGGUUUCUGCUAUGAAUUACCUUCAUAAAGCUCUAGUUGCUGCUAACCUAAAUUUUCAAGUCAAAGUCUCAACUCCACAUUCCAUGGACAUUAUUCCAAAGGCUUUUCCUCCGUCGACUGCGACCUUUGACUCUUCGUGGAAUUCUACUCUUUACCAAAUCCUUCAGUUUUUGAAAAACACAAAUUCCUAUUACAUGUUAAAUGCAUAUCCGUAUUAUGGAUACACGGAAGGGGAUGGCAUUUUCCCAAUUGAUUAUGCGAUUUUCCGACCACUUCCCUCAGUCAAGCAGAUUGUUGAUCCCAACACUCUUUUCCACUAUAGUAGCAUGUUUGAUGCAAUGGUGGAUGCUACCUAUUACGCUAUGGAGGCUGCAAAUUUUUCGGGGAUUCCUGUUGUUGUUACCGAAGCUGGUUGGCCAUGGCUCGGUGGUGCUAAAGAACCGGAUGCCAAUCUUGAAAAUGCUGAGACAUUCAAUAAUAACUUGAUCCGACGUGUUCUUAACAAUUCAGGUCCACCGAGCCACCCGACCUUGCCUAUAAAUACAUACAUUUACGAAUUGUUUAACGAAGACAAUAGACCGGGACCUAUUUCUGAGAAGAAUUGGGGUGUGCUGUUUACGAACGGAACUUCUGUUUAUCCUUUGACUUUGGGAACUUCUGGCCAAAUUACUGGAAACAGUUCUUCUGUUUUCUGUGUAGCGAAAUCUGAUGCAGAUUCUGAUAAGUUGCAAGACGGUUUGAAUUGGGCAUGCGGGCAAGGCCGAGCUAAUUGCAGCGCCAUACAAUCUGGCCGGCCGUGUUAUAACCCUAAUACUCUCGAAAAUCAUGCUUCGUAUGCAUAUAAUGAUUACUAUCAAAAAAUGCAGAGUGCUGGUGGAACAUGCGACUUUGAUGGCUCCGCCACAACAACUAAUGUCGAUCCAAGUUAUGGAAAUUGUAUAUUUGCAGGAAGUUCUAAUUCAAGUACUCACGGCGGAUUCAUGCCUCCCUCGGCUUUUUCACCUGAAGUUGCACCAGGAUCGUGGAGUUCGUUCCUUCAAGUAUCGAACUUUCAGCUUCUAAUGCCAGCGGCAUUGCUCGCUUUGGUUUUUGUUUGACUCGAGAGGCGCUUGUGUAACUGAAUCAUCAGGAUUUUGAGAUUGUAAAAGCUAAGACUUUAAUUCUUUUUUGUCUCAAUGUUGUUUGUAUUCCUAGUUCUAGUGUAGUCAUUUUCUUGAAAGUAGCAGUUAGACCAUUUUUUAUUUAUUUUGGUAAAACAUAACUGAAAAAGUUUGUUUAUUUUGUAUCUUUGUGCUAAUUAUAUACAGAAAUUGAGGUUAUAAAUGUGGUUAUUCUUUUUCCCAUGAAA